CCCUUGAAGGUUGCCAAAGUUUCCAAGCCUAUGCACAUUCAGGUUAUAAGAAUCACAACCUCGAUGGCAAGCUGCAUACCGAAAACCUCAAACCAACAUCAAACAUGGCAACGGGAGGAUCGCAUUUUAACGGACACCGGGCGCCGAGGCUGUUUGGCAGGGAAAGGCCCGUCCAUGCCGCCCUCGGUGGACGCGAAGCGGCGGACAUCAUCCUGUGGAGGAGGCCCAAGGUUUCGGCGUCGAUCCUCGGCGCGGCGACGGCGGCGUGGGCUCUGUUCGAGGUGGCGGAGUACCACUUCCUGACGCUGGCGUGCUACGCCGCCAUGAUCGCCAUGCUCACCUUCUUCAUCUGGACCAACGCCUCCGCUUUCAUGAACCUGCCGGUUCCAAGGAUCCCUGAGACGAUCCUGUCGGAGAGGACGGCGAAGCAGGUGAUCCUGGGCCUGCACCGGAGGCUCACCUGGUUCGUGCACCGGCUGUACGCCAUCGCCUGCGGGGAGGACAUCAAGAAGUUCAUCAUGACGGUGGUGUCCCUGUACAUCGCGUCGGUCGUCGCGACCUGCUUCAGCUCCCUCACCCUGCUCUACCUCGUUGUGCUGUGCACGAUGACGGUGCCGGCGCUGUACGAGCGGUACGAGCACGAGGUGGACCACCUGGUGGCCACGGGGGCGCGCGACGUCCGUACCCACUUCGCCAAGAUGGACUCCGGCGUGCUCAGGAAGAUCCCCAGGGGCAAAGGUGCCACCACCGCCGCACACGGGACGACGGCCAACAACGUGCACGGGUGGCAUCGCUCACACGUCAACUAAACCUGCCCAGCCAACAACAUGUCACUGCUAACUAACCUGUAAUAAAGUACAGUACAGAGUGAGCGAGCUGCAGACAGACGUAAAUCAAGGUUCAGAACAAGGCCUGAACGAACCAACAUGCAGAGAGCGAGCAGCUCUGCAGACGGAUGUCGAUUUAGGUUCAGAAUAAGACCUGAAUGUAAGGUGUUUCGUUAUUGUUACCAUCCUACAUGAUGAUGCGUACAUGCAUGCAUCCAAUCCGCCCGUGCGACCACGGUGAUCCUGUAAAUCUACUCUAUCAACGCAUGCGUGCGCUUUACGGUGGUGCGAUAUCUUCUUUCCAUCUUCCUCUGCUUCUCCUUUCCGCUUUCCCGUGUAUGCGUAUCAGUGUAUGUGUUACGUGAUUGAUUGACCGCCAUGGAAAGAAAGGAAGAAGAGAACACAUGGGCUCCACCAUCGAUGCAUGGUGGAUCGAGGAGGACAGACAGCGACACGCACCUGGCGAAGCCAUAGCUAUCGGUAUCGGACGGAUGGAUAGAGAUUAUAUUCCCUGGAGCUGAGGCAAUCAGCAGUCGCCCCUGCCGUGUCUCCGCCUGGAUCGAAGAUGAUCUGGUUACGAUCUUGGGAGGAUUGGAUUGGACGCCCCCUCGCGAGACCUACUUCGCCGACGCUCUCUAUCUAACUAUCUUACUACUAACUCUUGUUAAUUACUAACAUUCUCCGUCAUGCGUAUCGUAAAAGAAAUGGAUCCACCCUGCAUGCACCGUCGAUCGCGCAGGCAGCGACCAUCUCCCGCUUGCCUGUCACACACGGUUGAUAUCGCAACUUUUGACACGGGAUGGAGACUCGAGAGGCUCAGCAUGCAGACAUGGAGACAUGAAGUGGGUAGCAGCAGUGCGGCAGUACGUUUACACUGUGGCGACGGACGACGGGUCUCGGGUUCGAGUGCAGAGCUGUUCGUCAGCUUCGCUUUGCCGUGUCUUGUCUCGUCCAUCCUUUUGCGCGCACAGUACCAUCCGACGGUUUCCACGACCCAAUAAUUGUGCGUUUCGUGGAACGUUUCCGGCCGAUGAAAACGAAAGCAGGGUUGAUUAAUUUAAUUGGGUGUUUAUCAGGUCUCUUUCUACCCAGCGUCACGUCGCGGUAGAUAUUUUUCUUUUCUUUGGAGUUUUGCGCAUAUGGAAUCAGCACGUCUGGCUCAGUGUGUUGAUCUAUUGAGCCGCUAACCAACCCCGUCCCGUGCGUUCGUGUUAGGUGACCUGAAGCCCGGCCUGGGCAGUCGGUCAACGUGUGCGCGGAGACGGCGACAGGCGGGCGCGCGCAGUUGAUUACUGGCGGGGUCGCCGUCGACGGCCGGCCGGCGAGGGGCCAAAGUCCGAGUUCGCGUACGUACGUGCCACCAGGCUGAGCGAGACUGGAGGAGGACAAAGGUUGACCAAACAGCAAGAAUUGUUGUUGGGAGAACGUGCACUAAGUACGAAAGCGAAGUGCCGCACUCGAACGCGGUUCAGUGGAGACGCUCUGUCGGUAAGCAACUACGUACGUGGGGCGACGAGACUGUCUACCGCUGUCACGCUGUGUGCCGGAGAGGGGUGGGAAAGGAAAGCCGGGCGGUGGUGUGCCGGCGGCGGCGAGACCGGGCACAUGGCGCUGCGCCCGGCCGGCCGGCCCGACGGGUGGACGGGGGACAUGCGUGGUUGGGUUUGCGCGUCCGGGGUCCGGCUUUUGGCGCGCCAAAGAAAGGCGUGCAGUGCAGGGGUGGGAGCCGUGCGCCGUGCGGGGGUGGGUCGAGUGGUCCGGUCCGGUUGCCGCCGGAUGGCAUGAUUGCCGGCCUCCACCGCUCGCCCGUCUCGUCGCAAAGGCGACCGCUGGCCGUGGCAGCGAGGGAACCCGUGCACGCGCCCGUUCGGCCUUUCGGGGGCCACGCUUGGGCUCGGCCUGCGACCUCGGACCGCCAAAAGAACAACGGGGGAGGAGAUCUCGCAUGCGCCGGCGGUGCGGCCGAGGCACCGUCCGUCCCGUUCCUGCGGGAGCAGAGAAUCCGUUCCUGGGACUAGUCUACUGGUGGUACUUGCUGGGAGCGCACGUGGCGGACCGGGCCGUCCUCGCCGUCGUGGCCGCGGCAGAGGGUCGGCCACGGCCAGCCCCACGUGCGACUGUGCCACCCCCAACCCCCCACUGGGUCUGGGCAUCCGGCCAGCUCGGACUGUGUACCGGCCUACCGCCAUGCCAUGGCCCGUGCUCCCUCCGCCAGCAGCGGCACUUGCGCCGGGCCGGUGCCACCCCCACCCCCAUCCGCGCAGAUCCCGAGGCCGGCUGACUCAGCCUCUCCUUCCCGGCGGCCCCAGACCGGAUCGGAUCCAACGCCCACGCCCCUAUCCGACUAGGAUCGCCGGACCUAGCGAAGAACCUACCAUCAUCGACCUAUAUGACAGCCUACACAGUGCAUGGUAUGGACUGCAAAUAAUGGAACGCCAAUUUGAUGCUAAAGCCCUUCUUGGCUCCAAAGCGAACGUAGUAUGCCACCAAAUUAUUGACAUGAUCCCAACACCCACACACACACACACGCAAUAAGAUAAGAAAAGUAAGCCAAGUUGGGGGGAAGAUUAGUGGGUAAAGAAUGUGCUUUGCUCCUCCCAGAACCCUUUGAAUACUACGCAAACACAGCCGUAAAGCGGCGGUUAUGCCCUGUUGCCGGUGCUGUAUUACCAUCAUUCUGUUGCGCCAAACCCUUUUGUUUACACCGCACCGCACACUUGCUCUUCUCCCACUGAUUGCCGUGCACUUGUGCAUGCCCAGGAGGUGUGUUUCAGUUUCAGCGUUCUCGACUCCAACAACCGCUUUGCAGACAAGCAGGAAAGCGGGCUGCGUGGAUGCAUGGGCGGACGGACGAUCAUCACAUCGGAUUAUCAUGGCGUGCCGUGGCACCAGGGGGGGUCGACGAGGGAGGGCCGUCGGGCCAUCUCCUGGAGAUCGUCGUAAAGCGCCUCCACUCACGCCACCGGAGAGGAAUGAGAUCCCCGGCAGAUCGCAUCGGCAGCACCGCCUACUCGAGUGCCUAGGAAAAGAGCGCCGGUGCUUCCUUCCGAUCAUGCUACCCCCUCAGCCAGAUUUUGCUCCACCAAGAAACAGAGCAGGCAACUUGCCUGAUAAACUAUCCCAAACAGUUUGCUGGGGUUCUGCAUACCAGGUAUGCUAGUUUAGAACUUUAUUAGAUACAUAUGUGGCUGGUGAGGCUCACUGGAAAGGGAAGCUCUAACAACUAUGCUAGCUAGGAACAUGCCCCCCGGUUGAAUUGGUUGGUCAGUCACAUCCCACAUAUAACUAUCCACAUAACUAAGUCCAACAAACAUGAUCCAAUACGAUCUAAAGAAAAACACCUGUUCUCCUUGGAUCAACACCAGGAAAAGAAUCCACUCCAACAACCAUGUCAAAGCAAAGCAAAUCCAUGGGCGAAAAUCUACAGGCAUGAUAACACUACCGAUACUACAAUCAUUUGCCAGUCAUCCUGGCAUAUAUAGAGCGCGCUAAAAGAAGAAUAUCUAGAAUUGUCAAACUGUGAUGCCACACUUGUAUGUCAAUCCAAAUAUAGUUGAAUGCUUGAAGCAAAAGGAAACACGCACACAAGCACACAGAAGCACGGGGCAAGGGUGUAUUAAAACCAGAAGAAAAUGUAUCGACAUCAAUAUCAAUAAUGGUACAAAAAUAUGGGACAAGGGUGUAUGAUGAUAUUUAACUCGGGAUGAAGUUUCUACAGGCAGGCUAAAUAAUAAACACAUAUCUGACAUUUCAACCUCGGUACCAUCCAUGAGUUUUAAAUAUACAGAGGGGCUACACAAAUGAUGAGUUCUCGAUUCGGAAGUUUUUACUGAGCUUUUUAGACAACUAUAUAUUUAUUCAAAAA